AUGGGUGACUGGUCAUUUCUGGGCCGGCUUCUGAAUGAAGUCCAGAACCAUUCCACUGUCAUCGGUAAGAUCUGGCUCACCGCCCUCCUCAUCUUUCGGAUUCUCCUGGUCACAUUGGUGGGCGAUGCCAUCUACGGAGAUGAGCAGUCUAAGUUCACCUGUAACACCCUCCAGCCGGGCUGCACCAACGUCUGCUACAAUAGUUUUGCUCCUAUCUCCCACCUUCGCUUCUGGAUCUUCCAGAUUGUUCUGGUGGCCACACCAUCCAUUUUCUACAUCGUGUGUGUGUUGCAUCAGGUGGCCUUGGAGGAGAGGAUGGAUGUGGAGAGGGACCGUCUGCUGGAGCUGUGGCGAAGACUGGUGCCAGCCACUGGGGAAGUCCUUCCUGGAGUGGGGUCUGGGGUCCUAGUGCCCUCUAGCUCCUUUGAAGGCCACAGUCUGGAUGAGGAGGAGGUCCUUCCAAAGCACCUCCAGUCCACCUCUCAGGACCCCAUCUACCUGGCCAACCGGGCAUUGAUCAUUUACAUCGCCCACGUGGUGCUGAGGGCCUUCCUGGAGUUGGGAUUCCUAGUGGGGCAAUACUACCUGUUUGGGUUUGAUGUGCCUCAUUUGUAUCGCUGUGAAACCUACCCAUGUCCCACCAAGACGGACUGCUUUGUCUCCAGGGCGACAGAGAAAAUGAUCUUUCUGAAUUUUAUGUUCGGCGUUGGGCUUGGCUGUUUUCUUCUGAACUUGGCAGAAUUGCACUACCUGGGAUGGCUCUUUACCUUCCGGAUGCUCUUCAAGGCUUGUGUCAAUUGCUGCCAAUAUCUAGGCAAAGCCCCCCCAUCCCACAGGUCCCGACUGCUGCCUCUUCUGGACUCAAUCCCUCUUCGUCAAGAUGGGGCUAGUCCAGCCUGGAAAACCCCCUGGUCCAGCUCCAAGAGGCGCUACCCAGCCCUGGCCUGCAGCACUGGCUCACCCCGCAGGAGCUCCAGGUUCUUUCCUUCUGGCUACGAAGGCAAACGCGUCAGCCUCGGGGCUCAGCCCUUCACCUGCCUGGGGGAGCGAGUGGGCUUCCUUCCCCCUUUCCCGGACAGAAGCAGCGCUGGCAGGGAUACGGUGCCGGCCGGCCCGGGGCAGCAGCGAAUGUCUAGUGGCUCCUUGGGGGCAGGUUGGGACUGGGAGCCGGCGCUGGAGCGGGGCCGGGCCGGGGCCGGGCCCGAGCCCGAGCCGGUGCAUGCCGCGUCCCUGUGUCUCCUGCCUGGCCGCCAGUCCGGCGGUCUCCGGCGGCCGCCCCCGGGCUCCGGCUUUCCCCCCAGCCUUGCUCGGGCGCUGGGGGUGCGAGAGAAGACACCGGCCCGUCCUUGCCCGGGCCCGAGCAUGGACCGGGUUGCGGACGCCCUCGGACCCAGGGGGUGCAGGGAGGAGGCUGGCGCUGUCCUGCAGGGAGGGCUGGCGGGUUCCUGGGAGUGGCUGCCCCGGCACGGGGCGCCCCGUGGGGCAGCGGUGCCCCCGAUGUCACGCCAGAUGUGUGCAGUAGGCUUGGGCUACACCUGGAGCCGGAUAAGCACCCUGUGA